UUCCAGGGAAUGGAAGGGAUCAAAGUAUUUUUACACGAACGAGAGCUAUGGCUCAAAUUUCACGAUGUGGGAACCGAAAUGAUUAUAACAAAAGCUGGAAGGCGAAUGUUCCCCAGCUACAAAGUGAAAGUCACUGGACUGAACCCCAAAACGAAGUACAUUCUUCUAAUGGAUAUUGUACCCUCCGAUGACCAUCGAUACAAAUUUGCAGAUAACAAAUGGUCAGUAACUGGGAAGGCUGAACCAUCCAUGCCUGGAAGAUUGUAUGUCCAUCCAGACUCACCAGCGACUGGGGCCCAUUGGAUGAGACAGCUGGUUUCCUUCCAAAAGCUCAAGUUGACCAAUAAUCAUCUUGAUCCAUUUGGCCAUAUUAUCCUCAACUCCAUGCACAAAUACCAGCCCAGGCUGCAUAUUGUCAAAGCAGACGAAAACAACGGGUUUGGCUCCAAAAACACAGCCUUUUGCACCCACAUCUUCCCAGAGACGGCCUUCAUUGCAGUGACCUCCUAUCAGAAUCACAAGAUUACCCAACUCAAGAUUGAAAACAACCCCUUCGCAAAAGGAUUCAGAGGCAGCGACGAUAUGGAAUUACACCGGAUGUCUCGGGUGCAAAGCAAGGAGUAUCCGGUUGUCCCAAGAAGCACAAUCCGGCAAAAAGUGACUUCUAACCACAGUCCCUUCAGCAGUGAAGGCAGGUCUCUCUCGGCUUCUUCUAACCUUGGAUCCCAGUUUCCGUGUGAGAACGGUGUCUCCAGCACUUCCCAGGACAUAUUGCCACCUGCAAACCCCUAUCCUGUACCUCAGGAUCAUGGGCAGGUUUACCACUGCACCAAGAGACCAGAUGAUGAAUGUCCCACCGCUGAUCUCCCUUACAAGAAGCCCUACAUGGAAACAUCUCCAGCAGAAGAAGAGGCCUUCUACCAUCGCUCCAACUAUCCCCCGCAGCAAGGACUUAACAGCGCCUACAGGACUGAGUCCGGUCAACGCCAAGCCUGCAUGUAUGCCAGCGCAGCCCCAGCGCCGGAAGUGGUGCCCAGCUUGGAAGACCUCAGCUGCAACACCUGGUCUACCAUGUCCUCCUAUAGCAGCUGCACAGUAACUCCCAUGCAACCCAUCGACAGGUUGCCUUACCAACAUUUUUCAGCUCACUUCACCUCGGGCUCCCUGAUGCCACGCCUUGCCACCGUAGCUGGUCAUCCUUCGCCCCAACUUGGGGACACCCAUGCCAUGUUCCAGCAUCAGACCUCCGUUCCUCACCAGCCCCUCGGCCGGCAACAAGCCAGCAUCCAGUCUCCUCCUGGAAACUUACAGCCAACCGAGUUUCUCUAUGCCCACGGGAUGCCCAGAACACUUUCCCCACAUCAGUACCAUUCUGUUCACGGGGUGGGCAUGACUGCAGAAUGGAGUGAGAGCAGCUAACAAGGGAAGGGAUGAGCUGGACUGAACGUUCACAGAUAAGCACUCUAGAGAUGGACCAGGCCCUCUUUUCUGGUGAGACCAUGGGGGUGGUUAUCACCUCUACUUUGGUGUCUCCAAGCCACUGACCAUCACAGCACAUCUUUGCCCUUUCCUGUGAUCUCCUCACUUGGCCACCUGGG